GCUGAUCGCAAGCAUCGCGGACCUCUGGACAACGUCUCCCUUCGACCAAACGAUCAAAUCUGCUCACCAAGUAAUAUAUAUUAUCUAUAUACUAUGGCUCCACCACUUUUCGUGCUCUCCAGCGACCUCCCCAGCCCCCUCGAGGACCCCUCCAUCUACCUUCCACACCUCGACAUCCGCACCGCAGCCGGCAUCACUGUCGCCGUCAUCGGAAACAUCCUCAUCUCCCUCGCCCUCAACCUACAGAAGCUCGCGCACAAGCGCCUCGACCGCAAACGCGCCGCCGCCAAUCGACAUGCGGCUUCCGCCCUGCAGCGCGCCCGCUCGGGGAGCAUCACGCCCACACAAACGCAGCCAGCUGCCAACGGUUGGGCAUCGCAGGAAGCCGUUCCCCUCUUGGGCGGCAGCACCGCGAAACACGGUCGCAAGACGAGCCUCGCCACGCGUUUUUUGCCCUUCCGUGCCUCGUUUGGCAGCGGCGGCGCAGCGGCGCAUGACGGCGAGGAGCCUUGGAUCAUGCCCGUCGAUGUCGUCGAGCGCGGAGAGCGUGGGCCCCUUGUAAGGGAGGGGAACGGCAAAGCUCCCGCAUCGAUGGAGGACCUCGAGGAGGGUGAGCACGAGUAUCUGAAGUCGAAGCUGUGGUGGCUAGGGUUUGGGCUGAUGAACGUGGGCGAAGCAGGCAACUUCAUCUCAUAUGCAUUUGCUCCUGCCUCUCUUGUCGCUCCCCUCGGGACGUUCGCGUUGAUUGCCAACUGCUUCUUUGCUCCACUACUGUUGAGGGAACGCUUCCGCAAGCGCGAUCUCUUUGGUAUUCUGCUCGCCAUCAUCGGCGCCGUUACCGUUGUACUUUCAUCUCCGUCAUCGGAUGAGGCACCGGUCCUGACGCCGCCUGCCCUCGUGAAAGCCAUAUGCGAACGCCGCUUCGUCGUGUUCUCGUUGUGUUACCUGGUGGGGGCCAUCGUACUAGGCACACUGAGCCGUGGUAUGGCUGGUCGCCGGAAUGUGCUAAUCGACAUCGGCCUCUGUGCUAUAUUCGGUGGCUUUACGGUCCUGGCAACCAAGGCUAUCUCGACGCUGCUGACCAAGGAAUGGUUCAACAUGUUCAAGGAGUGGAUCACCUAUCCGCUCUUGCUUGUGCUCGUCGCGACGGGGAUAUUGCAGAUCCGGUAUCUCAAUCGGGCGCUGCAGCGGUUCGACGCGAAGUUGGUGAUCCCGACGCAGUUUGUGCUGUUCACGCUCUCGGCGGUGACGGGCUCCGCGGUGCUGUACGGGGACUUCAACCGGGCGACAUUCCACCAGAUGGUCACGUUCCUCUACGGGUGCGGGGCGACGUUCGCAGGCGUGUUCGUGAUUGCGUGGGCGGCGCCGAACUCAGAGGACGAUGAGGACGGGCAGGCUGGUAACGCCUCGGCAUUGGCGGACGGUGCUGGGCCUGUCGGGGCGGCGGACAUAGGAGCGCUCGGGGGUAGUGCUAGUGCGAGCCGUGUGGGGAGCGUAUCGAGAGCGGGAAGCCGGCCGGUGCUGGUGAUGCCUCGGGGAGCGCGGGAGACGCCUUUGCUGAGGAACAAGCCGAGCGCGGUGAGCCUGGUCGGGCUGUCGCCGGCGCAGCACCUGCUGCUGGUGCAUACGCCACCACGGGAUCGGGAGCAGAACUGGGAUCAGAGGGAGGAUGAUCGGGACGGAGAGAGCAUCGGGAGCGUGCGGGGAGGGCGGCGGGCAUGAUGUAUGUAGUUGAUGGAUGACAUAGCUAGCUUGUUGUAUCCAAGUGGAAUACCUUUCAUCAUAAG